UGUCCACUGCCCGCCAUGCCUGAGGAGACCCAGGAAGACACUGUGGCACUGACAGCGAGCCCCAGGAGCAGGGCGCCACUGGCCCCCAGCCACACACAGGACGUGCGGCUGCACAGGGUGGAGUCCAUCAGUGACCUGCACAGCGGAGGUUCGCUGUGCCCCUACCUGGCCGAGGAGGCGCAGCCAUGGGACGAGCUGCUGGGCAUCUUGCCCCCGUCACUGUGUGCCCAGGCUGGCUGCGGUCCCCUGCAAGGCCGGGGAAGCUUUCUGAUGCUGCUGGCACUGCUGGUGCUCACCUGCCUGGCACUCGCCAUUCUGGCUGUCUAUCUGAGCGUGCUGCAGAGCGAGUCUCUCCGCGUGUUGGCACACACCCUGCGCACCCAGGAAGAGACGCUCCUCAGGCUCCGGCUGGCCAGCCUCAGCCAGCUGCGCAGGCUCAACUCCAGCGAGGCCCCCGCACCCAGCUGAGACACCACUGGGACUAGGGCUUGGGGAUGAGGGGGGGCCAGGGAUAAAGUGGCCAAGGCAGGCUUCUCCUGACCCACUAUUCUGCACUACUUCCUUGGUGAGGUUUCUGUACCAGAGUCUGACCUGACCACAUGCUACCCGCCUCUCCUGUCUUCAGGCCAGGGCUGGCCAGGUUUUCUGGUGCCAAGGCCCUGGUUUGGGUGGCCCAAGGUCAGAGGAAGCAAUACCAGCCUCCUGGCUCCUUCUGUGGCCUGUCAGCAGCUUCUGGCUUCCCCCAGACGUAGGUUCAAAUCUAGAAAUAGCUGCCCCCACCCCAGUUGCCCAAACUCUGCCAGGCCUCCCAGCAGGGAUCCAGCCUCAGCGCUCAAGCAGGAGAGCUCUGAGGAUGGGGAGGACGGCCACCUGAGGAGACGGUCUCAGAAGGCAAA